UUUUUUUCUCCUUUAGUUUACAAAAUUGUUUUUUUUAAUGAACUGUUAUUUAAACGCAAUCUGAAUGAUCAAAAGCAACCCAAUGAAGUCACUCCAGAUUGUCUGUGUUGUUAUCCUUGUGGGUUUCAUGAUUGUGGUUGCUACAUUAAGUAUUAAUCGAACAAGUUUUUCAAACCUAAACAACAAUGCCCGUUCCAAAACUCCAUCGGUAGCAACAGUUCUACAAUUUGAACAUUAUUAUCAUUAUGAUGACCUCGUUGCUUUAUUUCAUCAACUUGAAUCUGAUUAUCCAAACUUAGCUCGCGUGGGCAGUAUUGGGAAAUCAGUGGCGAACCGAGAUCUACUUUACCUCGAGCUGUCAAAUAAUGUCCGGCGAGAGUCGCCUGGACGGCCAAUGGUAAAGUAUGUUGGGAAUAUGCAUGGGGAUGAAACCAUUGGCAGGCAGAACAUUGUCUACUUAGGUCAGUAUCUGGUUGGUUGUUUUUCCACUGAUGUAAGAUGUAGCACCAUGCUGAAUAACAUGAGAAUAUUUCUGAUGCCAUCUUUAAAUCCUGAUGGCUUUGAAAAUUCAGUGGAAGGAUCAUGUGAUGCUAGAACUGCAAGGACAAGGGAGAACCAAAACAACAUCGAUUUAAAUCGAAACUUUCCUGACCAGUUUGAUACAAAGGCACAGAGAGCUUCACGGAGAUAUGAACCUGAAACACUGGCCAUGAUGAACUGGAUACGCAACAAUAAGUUUGUAUUAUCAAUGAACUUCCAUGCUGGUAGUGAAGUGGCAAGUUACCCAUAUGAUGAUUCAUCCUCUCAUGGUUAUAAUAUUGAAAGUUCUGCCCCUGAUGAUGCAUUUUUUAAGCGCAUGGCUCAAACUUAUGCACAGGCGCAUACAACCAUGCACCAAAAUAACGUCAAGUGUGGAGGUGAUAAGUUUAACAAUGGUGUCACAAAUGGAGCACACUGGUAUGAUGUUCCUGGGGGCAUGCAAGACUACAACUACUUGCAAGGAGACUGUAUGGAAAUAACCAUUGAAUUAACAUGCUGCAAAUACCCUACUGCCGAUAAGCUUGAAACUGAAUGGAAUAAAAACAAAGAAGCACUUUUGCAAACUUUGGAAUUGACCAACCUUGGUGUAAGAGGGUUUGUACUUAAUGAUCAAGCUGUUCCUAUUGAAGGAGUGAAGGUACAAGUUCGUGGUAUUGACAAAGUCAUGACCACAGAUGCUAAUGGUGCUUACUGGAGAUUGCUUCUGCCAGGCACAUACAACAUAACAUACUCUAAGCCAGGUUAUGAGACUGUAGAGGAUAUUGUACAAUUCGACAAUGGAUUUGUGACACACAAUAUUAUGUUACCAUCCCCAAAUCUAAGGAAAACUGCCAUAAAACACAGCACAACGGCUGCAGAACAACAGUUACCCAUCACUGAAUCAAUAGAAGUUGAACCUACUGACUUUGUCCAUCACAACUACCAGAAAAUGACAGCAUUUUUACAGCGAUACCAACAGCAGUUUCCUCAUAUAACCAGGUUGUACUCUGCAGGCAAAUCUGUUCAACAGCGAGAAUUAUGGGUGCUUGAAAUAAGUGAUAACCCAGGAGAGCAUGAGCUAGGUGAGCCUGAGUUCAAAUAUGUGGCAAAUAUGCAUGGUAAUGAAGUAGUGGGGAGAGAAUUGAUGUUUAAUUUGAUUGAAUAUUUGUGCCAAAAUUACAACAAGGUAAACAGAGUUACGCAACUUGUGGAUAGCACCCGUAUUCACAUCAUGCCUUCAAUGAAUCCUGAUGGUUACGAAAUUGCCACUGUUGGGGACAAAGAGGGAGUUGUAGGUAGAGCAAAUGCAAACUUUAUUGACAUGAACCGGAAUUUUCCGGAUCAGUUCACAGUCUCAAAAAUUCCACCCACAGUUGAAGUAAGUGAAGUCAUGAAUUGGAUUCGGGAAUAUCCGUUUGUGUUAUCAGCUAACCUACAUGGUGGUUCUUUGGUGGCAAACUACCCGUAUGAUGAAGACCCCCCAAGUGGUCCACACAGAAGGCCCAACUUGUCAGCAGAUGAUGCUGUGUUUCAACAAGUUUCUCUGGCAUAUUCACAAGCACAUGCGUCCAUGCAUGAAGGUCACCCAUGUGGAGAGACUUUCAAAGAUGGCAUAGUCAAUGGGGCGAAAUGGUACGAGAUCAGUGGCAGUAUGCAGGAUUGGAACUACCUUAAUACCAACUGCUUUGAAAUCACCCUUGAGCUAGGAUGCUAUAAAUUCCCACUUCCCAAAGAUCUCCCUAAGUAUUGGAGCGACAAUAAGAAAGCAUUGCUUGCUUAUAUUGAUCAGGUUCACAAAGGAGCAUCUGGUUUUGUUGUGGAUAAUUAUGGAGAGUCCCUCGCUAAUGCAGUGAUUAAAGUUAAUGGGAUAGAUCAUGAUAUAUUAACUGCUGAAGGAGGUGACUUCUGGAGACUUCUUGUACCUGGUGAUUAUGUCAUUACUGCUCAAAAAGACGGCUAUAAGCCUCAGUCCAAGUCGGUGCAUGUCACGUCAGGAUACGCCACACAAAUCAACUUUACUCUGGUUUCACUAACAAAAAAGGAAACUAGUUUGACCCCCACUGAGAAUAAGGCUGGAGAUAGCGAAAUCCAAGGUGUUCCCUUACUAAAAAGUAUGAGUUUCUGGCCAAAACCAAAUGUUAAUGAGUUCGACACAAAAGACAUGGUUUUUGGAUAUUCUAAGGAGUUAGUGCUAGUGGUAACAGGAACCUUCAUGGUGGUUUUGAUAUGUGUAGCCUUUGCUAUGAAAAUGCUUUUAUGUCGGAACAAUGAGUUAAGAAACAAAGGUUUUCAUCGAGUAAAAACCGACGUUAACGAAAUGUACCACGAUGAUGUAGUUGUAACAAGCCCUGGUAAGCUACCAGUGGUGAACACGCAGUAUAAGGAUGAACCUUCCAGUGACGAAGAGGAAGAUAUUGUGUUUAUUUCUCGUUAAACUAUAUGUUACAAGCAGUGGCGCAGCCAGGAAAAAUAGGGCCGAGGGUUUAGAAAUAUUCUUAUAGCCUAUUUAAUUUUUAAAAUUUGAAACCAUUGUUUUAAAUGGAGAUUGCGGUCCCAAAAAAAAAACACUUUUCAGGCUACGCCACUGUUUACAUUUUAUAAGAACAGACAGGCGUACUUACAUCAUAUAGCAUCAAGUUUGUAUGCCGUGUUGUUUUUUUUUUCAUUUAGAAUAAAUGAAAAAAUGUAAUCUGAACAUAUUAUUAUUCUUGGCACAUCGCUGUGUGUUAUUCUAAGUUUUUCUUUUUUGCUGUAAUUUUCAAAAUACUCUGCAGUGAGUGCUUUAAGUAAGUAUUAUUAAGCAUAGAGAUAAGCCUAUAUAUGUAGUAUAAAUAGAGUAUAAAGCUUUGCAGUUUGGUUCACUUCUGUCUACCAUGUUCUGUAGUGCAACAAUGUCUCUAAACUGUGCAAAUUGUUCUUUUAUCUUCCUACCGUUAUGGAGUGAACAAACACAUAGCGUACUUAUUUAUUUUAAGUAUACGGGUGUAAACUUUUAAUUGGGGUUUGGUUUUGUUUACCCACAACAUCAAUUACAAAUUAAUUCUGUCUAAUUUAUAAAAACACUGCUUGCUUGCCAGCUAUUUAGCAGCAUUUAAAAUAAUGCAUUUAAAAACAUGGUUCUUUUCUAUAUUUUUCAAAGUAUUAAUUAGCUUAUAUAAUAUAUAUACAAAAUAUUUAAAUGUCUCACCAAUGCAUAUAUGCCAAGUAAAUUGUUUUUAAUAUUUGAUGAUUAUAAACAGUGCUACAGAAAUUUAUUAUUAUUAUCCACAAGUUUGUAUGUGUAUGUGUAUUGUUAUUUUCAUUUCAACUUUCACAUAGCACAAUUAAAGUAAUUAUUUUACCUUGUACAGCCAGCAUCUGAUAUUUUAAUCUCGUUUUUUUUCUCACUGCACGUUUUAAAAUAAGAGUACACAAACCAGUAUAAUACACCACAAUGUUUUUUUUUUAAAUUUUCUUUCCCGUAUGAUAUACCUUUAAUAAUGUUAAUCAACUGUAAUUGCAUAGUUAAAUAGAAUAUCCCAACAUGCCAUGUUAUUUUUCUAUAAAUAUUGUUCUAAGCUUUGUUAAUCGUUUCUAUAUUUCCUGCUGUGUGUAAUAACUUGUACAACAUGCA